AAUGCGUAGAUGAGAGGCUUAGAGACAGAGACAGAGGCUGACGUAACAGGACAAGCAUCUCAGCCCCGAACAAAAGGACGCAGGGCAGUCCGGACGCCUCUCUCCACUGACCGAGGACCCUCCGAAGACACUCAGCCCACCACCCAGGCAUGGACGACAUCUACAAAGCAGCGGUUGAGCAACUCACCGAAGAACAGAAAAGCGAAUUCCGGGCUGCCUUCGAUAUCUUUGUCCAGGAUGCCGCCGAUGGCUGUAUUAGCACCAAGGAGCUUGGGAAAGUUCUCCGAAUGGUGGGCCAGACACCGACACCUGAGGAGCUCCAGGAGAUGAUCGACGAGGUGGAUGAGGAUGGGAGCGGGACGGUGGAUUUCGAUGAGUUCCUGGUGAUGAUGGUCAUGUGCACCAAGGACGAGAGCAAAGGGAAGUCCGAGGAGGAAUUGGCCGAACUGUUCCGCAUGUUUGACAAAAACACGGACGGGUAUAUUGACCUGGAGGAGCUGAAGGGAAUGUUGGAAGCCACUGGUGAAUGUAUCACUGAGGACGACAUCGAGGAACUAAUGAGAGAUGGAGACAAGAACAAUGAUGGAAAGAUUGAUUAUGACGGUGAGGAGCUGA